AUGGCCCCGAAGAAGUCGAAGAAGACCGCCGACAGCAUCAACUCGCGCCUGGCGCUUGUGAUGAAGUCCGGCAAGGUUGUGCUCGGCUACAAGUCGACGCUCAAGAGCCUGCGCUCAGGCAAGGCCAAGCUCGUCAUCAUUGCUGGCAAUACCCCUCCGUUGAGGAAAUCCGAGUUGGAGUACUACUCUAUGCUUGGCAAGACCAACGUGCACCACUUUUCUGGAAACAAUAUUGAGCUUGGCACUGCCUGUGGUAAGCUCUUCCGAUGCUCAACGCUCGCCAUCCUGGAUGCUGGUGACUCGGAUAUCUUGUCGACCAACACUGCUUAG